AUGGUGCAGUUUCCGCGCUUCCCUUCUCUGUUCUCAGAUUCCAACUCAAUGGCCACGCUUAGCCAUUCACCUACGUUCAGAAUCGCCGUCGACGCUCACCACGAUCCUCUCUUACCAUUUCUCUGGUCUAUCAGAAAAGCCCUAGAAGCUUCUAACAAUUCUGCUCUGAAUCUCUGUAAUUUACUCAGAGAUUGCAUCAGAAACUUCAAGAGCAAUGACCGGUACCGAAACGACGUCAGAUUUCUCAAGAUUUGGCUCCUCUAUAUGGGAGUUAGUGCGGAUUUUGAUGGUGUUUUCAAAGAAAUGCUGAGCUGUAAUGUAUGUGCCAACAAUUCUUCGCUUUAUGUGUGGUCUGCAAGUUUUUUUGAGUUGAAGGGAAGAUUGCGUGAUGCCCUCACCAUCUACAAGCUUGGCAUUUCGAGGAAAGCAGAGCCAAUUGAGUGGUUGAAGAAGGCGCAGACCUUGUUUCUUGAUAGAAUUUCUGAAAUAUGGAAUGCUGCUUCGAGUCAGGAGGUUGAUUUUAAAGAAUCCACGAAAUUGGAAAAUAACGGCAUUAAUCCUUGGGACUCCACCACCAUGGAUAGCCUGUUGAAGAAGAUAUAUCCUUUAAUUGUGAAAUUUGAUGGGUAUCAUUCGAGCACUAAAGCUUACACAGGAAAAGUGGCCUUAUCUACUUCCAAGAAUUCAUCAAGGAAAAAAGUUAUAGAGAUAGGUGGAAUGAAGUACCAUAUCAAGGGCUGUGCUGGGCAGGGUGGUUUUGCGCAAGUAUAUAAGGCAUAUGUUAACGGUGAUUCUGAUGAUGUGGUUGCACUAAAGAUGCAAAAGCCAGCUUUCCCAUGGGAAUUUUACAUGUAUCGUCAGCUUGAUCAUCACAUCUCAGAUAGAGAGAGGUCAAAUUAUGGUUUUGCUCAUGGAAUUCAUCUCUAUUCUGACUGUAGCAUACUCAUCUGUGACUAUUUAGCUAAUGGAACGCUACAGGAUGUCGUAAACUCAUAUGUUGUCAUAGGAAAAUCCAUGGAAGAAGUGUUAUGCAUUUAUUACACAAUAGAAAUGUUACGCAUGGUUGAAACUUUGCACAAUGUUGGCUUGAUUCAUGGUGAUUUCAAGCCUGAUAAUCUGCUAAUUCGCUAUGCUAGGGGUAACCUUACAGAAGAUGGGUUCUUGGACCGAAGUGGUACAUGGUGCGAUCAGGGUCUUUGCCUUGUUGACUGGGGAAGAGGGAUUGAUCUGCAUCUCUUUCCAGAUCAAACGCUAUUUAAGGGAGAUUGCAGAACUUCUGGUUUUCGCUGCAUUGAGAUGCAGGAGGAUAAGCCAUGGAAAUUUCAGGUAGACGCAUACGGGCUUUGUGCUAUUGUCCAUAUGAUGUUGCAUAAUACCUAUAUGGAAAUUGUCAAAAAAGAGCAAUCUGAUGGGAGUUAUGUGUAUCUUCCUAGACUACCCUUUAAACGUUAUUGGAAUGUUGAGCUCUGGAAGACUUUCUUCACUAAGAUGCUAAACCAAUACCCCCACGACAACGAUAAAGGGUUGCUGCAGGACUUGAAGAAGCCCUUCCAGGACUAUAUGGGCUCCGAUCCGCAGCUUAUAAAGAAACUAAAGGAGUUACUGUCAAAACAAAGGGCUUCCUUGUGUUCCGCAUAAUGCUUUAAGAUCAUUACACAUCCACUUUUGUUAUAACAAUCUUGCCGCUACUAAGUGCCUAUCAUAUUCUUGGUUUAAUGGAAGACGAGUAAACAGAUGUACAAUGCAAGCAAUCAAAGACUGAUGUAGAAGGUAAAGUAUGUUUGCCUUUUGGGUUUAGGUUUCUAUGCACAUACUCUUCAAUUAGGGAAAAGACUCCUGUAAAGUGAGUGUCUCUAAAAUGUGCAAGCAAAAGUGUACUCACCCUAAAGUUUUAGUGAGUUAAUAUCAUAAUGCACUUAUAAUUAAAUGAA